GAACGCUCAUCAAAAAUCAGUCGCCACCCUGUCGCCGCUCAGCUCGCAUCAUGGAUAUUCUCAGUGUGCUCAAAAGCCGGUUGGAAAUCGUAGACGAUUCCGUCACAUCGAAGGAACUUGUUGAUCGUCUGGUGGCCCGAGGUCCACUGGAGGAAUCGCUUCACCUGACCGAGCUGGACACCCUCGUCAAACGGCACUACCAAUGGCUGAAGCAUCUGCCAAGAGUCCGUCCGUUCUAUGCCAUCAAAAGCAACGAUGAACCAUCGAUUGUGGAGACGACCAUUCUGCUUGGCUGUGGUUAUGAUUGUGCUUCCACCGGAGAGCUGAAACGGAUUCUGGGAUUCCGGGUGGAACCGGAACGAAUCAUGUUCGGACAGCCCAUGAAGACGAUUGAAUCCCUGGAGCUUGCGAAGAAGAUGAAGCUCCGAACAGUUUUUGAUACCGAGGAUGAACUGAGGAAGAUUCAUCAGUACUAUCCGGAAGCGAAUGUAGUGAUAAGAUUUCGGCUUGAAACGGCGGAGGAUUCACUGAAUUUAGGAAUUAAAUUUGGAUGCGAGGUGGAUGUGGAGGCCAGGGAGCUGCUGGACUUGGCGAAGGAGCUGGGCAUAAACGUCAUUGGGUGGUGUUUCAAUUUGGGUCAUGCGUGUAUCAAUCCGAAGAAUUUCUAUACCGGGAUCAAGAAAGGAAAAGCUUUGACGGAUUAUGCCGAAUCAUUAGGAUUCAAAUUCAACCUGAUCGAUUUGGGUGGAGGAUUUUCAGGAGACAAAGAUGUCUCAAUUGAACAAUACGCAGAGCAAAUCAACAAAGGCUUGGACGAGUUCUUCCCAGCAGAACUGGGUUAUAUGAUAGUAGCUGAGCCAGGGCGGUACUAUAGUGCGGCAGCAGUGACGGCUGUAGUUCCGAUUCAUGGAAAGCGAUUCAUUCGAAGCAAAGACAAUCCAAACGACAUUGAGAAAGUGUUCUACUACUUCAACGAUGGCAUCUACGCAACGUUCUACAGUGCCAAGUACAGAGGAAAAGCGGUGAAGCCCAUCGUUUGGAAACAGCUCAACGAAUGUGGACCGACAAGGAAGACAACUUUGUACGGUCCAACCUGUGAUGGAAUUGACUUUUUUGCGAAGGACAUUGAGAUGCCCGAACUGAAUGUGGCGGAUUUCGUGGUGUUUGAAAACCAAGGCGCGUACUCUAGGGUGCACGCGUGCAGGUUUAAUGGGUUUUCUCCACCAAAGCCGGUGAUUUUCGUGCGGCAGAGUGUUUGGGCACUAUUGGAGGAAGCGUCUGAAGGCGAUGCCACAAAGGUAGUUCAGGAGAGCAAGUACUUGCUGGAAAAUAUUGAGUUCGAAAAGUUAUCAUAUGCGUCAAUAAAUUAACGAAGUUUUGAACUUAACAGUA